AUGCCUUGGCAGUCCGCAGCUCGAGGGGCCCUCCUCAGACCCUUGCACUUCGGUGCUUCCACUCGCCCUAAUGCCAUGAUCGGCGUGCAGAACCAGCUUCGUCACCUUUGUCUGGCUGCCAACGUACGCCAGGCGCGCCCCCAGCUCCAGCGUAUCCCCGCCGUUUUAUCGCUCUCGCAAUCCAAGUCGUUUGCGACUGAUACCUCCCCCAAGCCAAAGAAGACCAAGGCGAAGACCGACAACAGGAAGCCCGCUAAGAGCAGCUCGACCAAGAAGAAGCCGCUGACCGAGAAGCAAAAGGAAGCUAAGGAGCUCCGUCAGCACAAGGAUCACAUCAAGCAGCUGAAGCAGACUGCCCUGGAAGUGCCCAAGGGUCGUCUUGAAAACUACUUCUUCAUUGCUCUCCAUGAGAAGAUCAACGAAAUCAAGGGACAGUAUCCCAACCAGAGGGACGCCGUUAAGGCCGCCGCCGAGAUGCUCAAACCCGUCCCGAAUGAAGCGAAAUACCGAGCGCAGGCCGAGGAGAACAAAGCCGCCAAUAAAGCUUCGUAUGAAGAUUGGCUGAACUCACACACCCCUCUCCAAAUCAAAAAAGCCAACAUCGCCCGUCUGUCCCUUACGCGUCUUGAAGGCAAGCCCCACAGCAAGCGCUGGACCUUAAUCCAAGAUGAGCGCCUGGUCAGAAGGCCUUCCAGCGCCUACACCUUUUACUGCACUGAAGGUCUGAAGUCCAGCGACAACCAGCAUAUGGCUGUUCGUGAACGAGUUAGCGUCAUUGCUGGAGAAUGGAAGGCAAUGUCCGAGGCAGAGAAAGAGCCCUACCACAAAUUGUCAAUUGAAGAUCGUGCGCGAUACGAGAGAGAGCACCAGGAGGUUUAUGGAACCCCAGCUCCACCCUCAAAGUCUAAGGCGGCCGAGGCUUCAUCCUAA